AUGCGGAACCAAUGCUUUCUUACACAGCUACUGCCACCGACUGGAAUUCCCAGUGGAUCAAAGUAUCUCGCAAUGGCAAGUGAUGAUGUAUUAAAGAAGAGUAAGAAGAAGGGGCUGGGUAAUCAUACAGAUACAGGAACAAUACAUGGUAAAAGCAAUGGAAAAGGUGCAGGUAUAGGAGGUUUUCAACAUUUAGGUUUAAGUCCACUUGUCUUUCGUGGGAUUAUGGCAAUGGGAUAUAAAGUACCAACACCCAUUCAACGCAAGUCAUUACCAAUUGUUUUAUCUGGCAAAGAUUGUGUUGCUAUGGCACGGACAGGAUCUGGUAAAACAGCUGCUUUUUUAAUUCCAAUGGUGGAGAAGUUACAACAACAUGCCAUGAAAAUUGGCGUCCGGGCCGUGAUUUUAUCACCAACACGAGAAUUGGCAGUACAGACAUUACGUUUUGCCAAGCAAUUAGCAAAGUUUACGUCAUUGAAAUUAGCAUUAAUUGUUGGUGGUGAAGGUAUGGACCAGCAGUUUGAAGCCAUUGCGACCAAUCCUGAUGUACUGGUUGCAACUCCAGGUCGAUUGAUGCAUCUCUUACUGGAAAUUUCUGAUUUUGAUCUAAAGACGGUCGAAUACGUCGUGUUUGAUGAAGCAGAUCGUAUAUUUGAAAUGGGGUUUGCAGAGCAAUUGCAAGAGAUUCUAAAAAAUAUGCCAACUACUCGACAAACACUGCUAUUCUCAGCUACAUUACCAAAAGCUCUCGUACAGUUUGCACGUGCUGGUUUGAGUGAUCCUGAAUUGAUUCGUUUGGAUGUAGAAAACAAGAUCUCGGAAAAUUUAAAACUGGCAUUCUUUACAGUGAGGUCGUUGGAUAAACCAGCGCUGUUUCUUUAUAUGGUGCGAGAGUUCUUGCCCAAGGAUGACCAAACAAUUGUGUUUGCCGCUACUCGUCAUCACGUGGAGUUUUUGCAUGCACUGUUGGCAGCAAACCAUAUUGAGGCUUCCUGUGCUUAUGGCGAUAUGGAUCAAGCCUCUCGUAAAAUUAAUCUGGGCAAGUUUCGCGCCAAGAAGACAAGCUUGCUGAUUGUGACGGAUGUUGCAGCGCGUGGUAUUGACAUCCCGCUACUAAACAAUGUGCUCAACUAUUCCUUUCCACCUACAGCCAAGCUAUUUGUGCAUCGUGUCGGUCGUGCAGCCCGUGCUGGACGCAGCGGUACGGCUUUCAGCUUCGUGGACCCGGACGAAACGCCAUUCAUGGUCGAUUUGCACCUGUACAUUGGGCGGCGGCUUGACGACUCGUCACCGGAGGCGAGUGCUGGUACAAAGCCAUACUCUCUUCAAACGAUGACGGUCGCAGAUGUGCACUACGGUGCGUUCCCGAAUGAGCUGAUUGAUCGAGAGAAUGAGGCUAUCCAGGAGACGAUGCGCUCGCAUCCGCAGGUGUCACCGCUGGUAAAGGUCUGUGACAACGCUCACAAGGCGUACGCACGUACUCGCGCUGAUCCGUCAAAGCUGUCUAUUCGUCGGGCUAAGGAACUUGCGGUAAAGAAGAUUCACCCUCUUUUCCAGCAUGAGUUUGUACUUGACAAGAGCAAGGCCGAUAAGGCUGCGUACAUUGAUUCGCUUCUGACCUUCCGUCCACCGCAGACAAUUUUUGAGAUUGCGGCAGGUGCACACUCAUCGGCAAAGCGAUCGUCACCUGGUGUACAAAUGAUGGUCAAGAAGCGGAAGCUACAUGGCAAGAUAAUCGCUACAGAGACAACAAAGGCUGCAGAUAAGGUCAAAGCAAAGGAAGAGGCAGCUUGUAUUAACGCAGUGGCCAACAAAGAGGAAGCUGCUGGUGCGGUUGGCGAAGAGUUGACAGCAAAGAAGAAAGAAAUUGACGGCGCGGAUAUAAUAGAGGAGGAGGCAGCUGUGGUCCUAAAGAAGAAGGUACAUUUUCUGUCCAAGCAUGAGCGCAAACAGCUGAAGAAACGUGUAGCAGCUGGUGAAAAGGAAGAGGAUGUCAUGAAGGAGAUGGCUGCAAUCAAAGAGCAAGGAGCAAACAGUAUUGCAAAGGACAAUGACCAGGAAGAUGGUGAAGGUGCAUCGUUUAAGGAUGACGAAAACUACAUUGGAUACAUGAAGGAUGGAGACUACACUACGGAGGGUUUCCUGUCUAAGAAUGCUGAUGGUGGCAAGGUGAACGCCUUUGCCGAGGCACGUCUGGAGGAAGCCAUUUUGGAUGUGAACCCCGACGAAGCUAUUGAAAUGAACAAGAAGCGACGUAUUUUGCACUGGGAUGCACGAAAGAAGAAGUUUGUCAAGACCACUGCAGGUGAAUUGACAAGUCAGGGUACGCUUAAGCGCCGCAACGAGAGUGGUGUGAACGUGCGCAAGAAACAACAGGUUGGUGAGGUGUACCGCAGAUGGCAACAGAAGCAGCACAAGCGCGUUGCUGGUGGUGGUGUUGAAGUAGACGAGGAUGAUGAUGUUGGAAGUUGCAAGCAAGACUACCGCAAUGGUCGAAAGCCUCGUGGUGGUGCUGCCAUGGCUAAUCGUAGCAACGUAAACAAGUUUGCUAAGGAUGAACUGAUGACGGAGGGCAAGAUUCGCAAAGAGGAGAAGCGCAAGGCUCGUUCACGUGGUGUUAAAGUGACUUCCGGUGUGAAGUCGAAGCGUGGCAAGGGCAACAUCAAGGGCAAAAGUCACGGUGCGCCCACCAGAAGCAAAGCUAUCAUUAAGAAGCAAUAA